GGCGCGGAGGGGCGCGGAGCCGGGCGGCUCGGGGGCCCAGAGUGCGCGGCGGCCGGGAGCCCGCUGGCUCCUGACAGCCCCCUCCCCCCCGGCGGACUACCACGACGACGACUGCGAGGGCGCGAGUCAUGGCGGAGCGGCGAAGCCAGCGGGGGCCCUGAGCACCGCCGCAUGGAGCGGGACGAACGGCCACCUAGCGGAGGGGGAAGCGGCGGGGGCUCGGCGGGGUUCCUGGAGCCGCCCGCCGCGCUCCCUCCGCCGCCGCGCAACGGUUUCUGUCAGGAUGAAUUGGCAGAGCUUGAUCCAGGCACCAAUGGGGAGACUGACAGUUUAACACUUGGCCAAGGUCAUACACCUGUUUCUGUUCCAGAUGAUCGAGCUGAACAACGAACCUGUCUCAUCUGUGGGGACCGUGCCACAGGCUUGCACUAUGGAAUCAUCUCCUGUGAGGGCUGCAAAGGUUUUUUCAAGAGAAGCAUUUGCAACAAACGUGUGUAUCGGUGCAGUCGUGACAAGAACUGUGUCAUGUCCCGGAAGCAGAGGAACAGGUGCCAGUACUGCCGCCUGCUUAAGUGUCUCCAGAUGGGCAUGAACAGGAAGGCCAUCAGAGAAGAUGGCAUGCCUGGAGGCCGGAACAAGAGCAUUGGACCAGUCCAGAUAUCAGAAGAAGAAAUUGAAAGAAUCAUGUCUGGACAGGAGUUUGAGGAAGAAGCUAAUCACUGGAGCAACCAUGGUGAUAGCGACCACAGUUCCCCUGGGAACAGGGCUUCAGAAAGCAACCAGCCCUCACCAGGCUCCACACUAUCAUCCAGUAGGUCUGUGGAACUAAAUGGAUUUAUGACGUUCAGGGAUCAGUACAUGGGGAUGUCAGUGCCUCCACAUUACCAAUACAUACCGCACCUUUUUAGCUAUUCUGGCCACUCACCACUUCUGCCCCCACAAGCUCGAAGCCUGGACCCUCAGUCCUACAGUCUGAUUCACCAGCUGAUGUCAGCUGAAGACCUGGAGCCAUUGGGCACACCCAUGUUGAUUGAAGAUGGAUAUGCUGUGACACAAGCAGAGCUAUUUGCUCUGCUCUGCCGCCUGGCCGACGAGUUGCUCUUUAGGCAGAUUGCCUGGAUCAAGAAGCUGCCUUUCUUCUGCGAGCUCUCAAUCAAGGAUUACACUUGUCUCUUGAGCUCUACAUGGCAGGAGUUAAUCCUGCUUUCAUCCCUCACAGUUUACAGCAAGCAGAUCUUUGGGGAGCUGGCUGAUGUCACUGCCAAGUAUUCACCCUCUGAUGAAGAACUACACAGAUUUAGUGAUGAAGGGAUGGAGGUGAUUGAACGACUCAUCUACCUAUAUCACAAGUUCCAUCAGCUAAAGGUCAGCAAUGAGGAGUACGCAUGCAUGAAAGCAAUUAACUUCCUGAACCAAGAUAUCAGGGGUCUGACCAGUGCCUCCCAGCUGGAACAACUGAACAAGCGGUAUUGGUACAUUUGUCAGGAUUUCACUGAGUAUAAAUACACGCAUCAGCCAAACCGCUUUCCUGAUCUUAUGAUGUGCUUGCCAGAGAUCCGCUACAUCGCAGGAAAGAUGGUGAAUGUGCCCCUGGAACAGCUGCCCCUCCUCUUUAAGGUGGUGCUGCACUCCUGCAAAACAAGUGCAGUAAAGGAGUGACCUGUGCCCUGCACCUCCUUGGGCCGUCCGCAGUGCCUUGGGUGGGCAGGACAGGCUCCAGAAGAAAGAGCCAGAGACCAAGAUGGAGACUGUGGAGCAGCUGCCUCCAUCACAAGAAGAAUUUGUUUGUUUGUCUGUUUUUAACCUCAUUUUUCUAUAUAUUUAUUUCACGACAGAGUUGAAUGUAUGGCCUUCAACAUGAUGCACAUGCUUUUGUGUGAAUGCAGCAGAUGCAUUUCCUUGCAGUUUACAGAAUGUGAAGAUGUCUAAUGUUACCGUGUUGUCAUUGUUUAGAGAUAGUUCUUUUUGUAUUUUGAGGGAGAGGGUGGGAUGGACUAGAUGAAUAUUUCCAUAAUGUUGACAAAGACAACUACCUCAAUGGAAACGGGGGUAUGACCAUCCCUACCUUUUCCACAUUUUCUCAGCAGACCGUACACUUGUCUGUUUGAGAGCAAACUGCCUUUUUAUAGCCACAGACUUACUAAGUAAAAGAGUACGCCCAAGGAGCGAAGUGGUAUAGGGAGAUUUACUAAAGAGGUGGGUGGGAUGUUUGAGAGGCAUUUUGAUUUUAAUCCUCAACAUUUGAUGGGGAUUAACCAUCAUCUCAUCCCACAAAGCCCAAAGGGCAGAAACUCUGCUCUUACUUUCUGCUGCACCCCUCCCAUCCCACACACUGUUGUAUGUUGAAUGCUGCUGUCAAGUUUUCAUCCAGGUAGAGUCCUGACAAUAAAUUAGUGUAUAGGACUUCCCUCCCAGCUCCCUUGGGGCUCACAGCUGCCUAGUUUCCUGACCCAGAUCUACCAAGGCCUACCUUUUUCAGACUCCAUCCCUCCCUUUUAUGAAUUUGAUUUUCUGUAAGUCCUUUAGAAAGGUGGCAGGAAAAUGCCAUGUUCUGAAUUCUGAUGCCAUUUCUGAUUUGUUUUUCUUUAGCUUGUUUCCCUCAAAAGGUAGAGGGACACAGGCCAGGCUGCUGAAAGAAUAAGACUCCUUUGCCAGCCCCUUUUCUCACCCCACCUUAUUCCCAGAACCAAAUCCAAAACUGCCAUUUUUAAACAUAGGAAGGACCAGAGACUUUGCUCCUAAAUUUUGUUGUAAGCCCUCUUAUUAUUUCCAAAACAAGAUCAGUUUGCCAGGGCUCUGGAACAGAAAGCGAAGACCCAGAGAAGCCCAUCUAGUCUUUCAAGUAUUAUCAAUGGUCUGGCCUACUAAGCCCUGGAGGGACAGAGCCAGAAGAACCUGGAAGGGAAAGGGGCUUUAAACUACCUCAUGUUUUCUAAGGUCUUGCCUGCUGCUUCUGCAGAGGCAACCUGGACCCCCUGUGCUUUAUUGCCUGCCCCACCUAGUUCUAGGAAGAUUUCUUACCCUCCAGACUUUGGCCAGGACUACACCAGGUUUGUUUUAGGGUUGUUUCAGCGGCUUUUCCCUUUGCCCAUACCAGGCCCUCCUACAGCUAGUACCCCAGACAGUUGCUCCACUGGCUUGUAUCCCUUGGUGGGCCUGCCACACCCACAGUAUCUCCUUGAGCCUGUUUGGUCGGGAACUGUUUACUCUUCCCCAACAAAGCCUAUUAACUUACCCAGGAGGCCACCACAACCUGUGUAUCCCAGGUAGUCUCCAUUUGUCAGUUUUCCUGUCCACUGAAAUGUUACGGGUACCAGCAAAGUGACAGUUAUGUCACUUGAUGUCCAAAGUUCAGAGCAUCAUUACUUCUCAGUCUUAUUCCCAGCCACUCUGAGAAAGAGAGAGAGAGAGAAGAAAGAUGUGUUCUUCGGGAAAGUUCCAGAUAGAAUGUUUUUCAUGUGUUGGUGGGAAGAUACGUGUGUUGGUGUGUCUGUUUGUUUCUAAGUUCACAAUGUUUUUCUUGUUUGCCUGAAUUUUUGUAUUUAACCAAACAGAUCACAUUUUUUGGCUCCAGGUCAGAUUCUCAGCUGCUUUCCUCAAGCUAGGAAUCAGAGACAUGAAUCAGAGACAGUUCCUGUAUGCACACAACAGCUUUCUUUGCUUAGACCUCCAUUUGUCAAAUUAUUAGUUUUUGAAGUUGCUUUUCAAAUUAGCAUUUCACCUGUUGUGUUGAAUGUCAAAGCUCUGAUGAGGCAAGAAGGUGUCUCUCCAAUAAUGUAGUAUUAAACAGAGCAAGUUGUUAAUUUGUAGAGUAAGGGAAAGGUUUUGCAAGUUGCCAUUGUACAAAUCCAUUUUUACAAAUGUUUGCAGCAGAUUCCACAGAACAAAGAGCCCAUUCAUUGCCAAGAGCCCUGCAGAAUCUCUGAGCCAAGUGGCUGUGUGUUCCGAGCUGGAGCCUGACCUGUGGACCGCCUUUAAUGUCUUCUGCACCCAGUCCUUUUAUGACAUGGGCUUCUUUUAAACAGGGUAAAGUAAAUGUGCUGCAUUGCAAACUCAGGUAUUAUGAGGAGAAGGUAGGAGUGUAGCUAGCAGCGUGGAGACAUUAGGUCAGCCACUAGAUGUAUUUGUGAUUUUGGUUUGAAGGACACAGAGAAAGGUUGGAGGGGGAGGUUUGGUAUGCUUGUUUUUUGCCUUUUUUCCCAUAAUGUUUGGUUAACAGGCAGCCUUUUAGCUAGUGGAAGAAGGAAAAACUUGUGCAUGUUAUAUCUCAAUCCUCUCUCUUCUGUCCUCUCUGAUCCAGGCCACUGAAAAUACUCACUUUGAGUGAAAAUUUUUCCACCAUAAAAAAAAUAUAACCCCAAAAGCCAUGUGGAGAAGGAGAAUCCACCUCCUUGCACUAUGCCAAAACAUACAUGCUUUCCCCCUUUUCUUGUAUAUGCUGUCUUGACGCAAGACAAAAGUUUGGAGUCUCAGAGCUUUGUAGUUCCUGCUCCCUGAGUCCUUGGUAGGUCUUUUGUGUCCUCUGCAAGAUUUAGUAGUCUCACCCUUAGUUUGGAGAAAUUCCCUACAACUCAUCUCAAAGCACAUGACCUGGCUCAGGACACCCAGUACCCAGUGCCAACCUACAAGUGAAGGGGCAUGCCUCUAGGGUAGAAGGAAGCAGCCAGGAACCUCCCUGUCCUGAUCUCAGAACCAGUGGAGGGGUAGAACAGCCCACACAUACAGCCUACCUGUGACUGCCCAUUGCUGAGGGAAGUACACACUGCCAUGGGCUGAGCCAGCUGUUUAGCCUGCUGCCCUAUACCUCUCUCAUUUGUUCUUCCAGAGUGAGACAGAUAGGCAGCAGGUAGCCUUUAAGUUGUGACCACGCUUAGCCAAAGUAAAGGGGCCCUGACCUCCCAUAGGGCAGAAAGCGGAGUAGACAUCUACGUCUCUGGCUUUGGAACACUGUUCUUUAUGGUUUUUCCUUGUUCUUCUUCUUUUUUUUUUUUUUUAAUUGCAGUUGUUUUAAGAAAUUCAGCCUUUCAGAACAGCCCUUCUACUAAACUUUGCUCUUUUUUUUUUCUUCUUUAUUUCUCUUUUAAAAGUAAAAAAAAAAAAAAAAAAAAAAAGAAAGAAAAAAAGAAAAGAAAAAGAAAACCCACUAACUGACUCCCCCACCUUGGUCCAUGGGUAUACCCACACUCCCUCUGCCGUUGAUCCUCCUCCCUUUUCCUCAUGCAGUGUCUGUGAAGUAGUGUUUUAUCUGUGUCUUAGGAUGAAAAACGGCAAUCAUCCCACCAGGUGCUAGAAACUGGUCAGCCUUGAAGUGGGCGCUUCUGGGGCCACAGCUCAGGGAUGUGUAUUUAAUUACAGGGUCCCCAGAAAGCCCUCUCUUGGCUGCCACAAGUAGCAUAUUUCCUGGGCUUGAGAGUCAGACCCUGACUUCUUCCUUAGAGUGAGCAACCCAGGCCACUGAGCAAGCUACCUCUUUGGCUAGAUGUGGGUUUCCUCAAGACUUCUGACCACCCUGCACAUGAGCCUCUCCAGUGCUCUUGGGAAGCCUAGCCCCUCUGCCCAGGACAAAUCCUUUCUCAUCUGCAGUCCUAAAUAGCCCCAGCUUGCUCGGGUAUCAGUUAUUAGCUUAAAUGAAAGUUGUGGGAAAGGCCAGGGCCUGCUCCAAACCCUAGAAAAAUGUGUUACUGGUGGAGGCUAGUCUUCCAAACCCUGAAGCCAGCCCUGCCACCCAAAGGGUUCUCUUGCUCUUUGCUGACCUUUUUCUUAACUGAAAUUUAAUAGGUGAUAAUGUUUUUGACUCAAAUUUCCAUGGGGGAAAAAAAAGACUACCUCUUGAGUGACAUCCUGGUCGAUUCCUCUCUGAGGAGUCCUGUGGGAAAAGAAUACUGUAGCUCCCGUGCUGUUUACAUGUUUCUGUCGGGAACGAAACCCUGGACUGUUGGUGUUUUUGUCUGUGUUGCCAUCCCAGGCCUCCGAUAGGGGCUUGUGGCUGCAUUGUAAUGUCUGGGCAGUGUCUGGGGAGUCCUUUCCACCUGCCCAGCUAGGGACAAGCCAUCCCUAGAAGAGGCCUCACCCCUUCCUGUGCUCCAUAGCUUGGAUUUCGGGGACUCUAAUGGCAAGUGCAUCAUGAGCCUACCUCAAGCUACCUCCCAGUCCUCCUACAGUCCAGUGUAGGAAUCGAAUGAAUGGAUGUCUCUGAGCCCUUGUUCCCAAAGGGCCGGCCAAGGGCUGCCUGCCAGCCUGGCUCCAUCAACCCUGCAUGACCAAGUGAUAGUUGGCGGGCUCUGCAGGCUAUUCAGGCCCUCUGCUACCUCCCACACUUGCCUGCUGGCAAGAGGUGGGCCCUGUUCUGUGAAGUGACUACCUGUGGAAAUGUGACCAAUUAGUGUGAAAUGCAUGUUAACAAGUAUUAGGUACUGUAUUUGAACCAAUAAAUGUGAAUCC